ACUCCUAUAUGGACGCCAUCACCAUCUUCGGCUUGGUCUAUUGGCUGAUCUGCAUGAUUCUGUUCGGGCCGUUGAUGUUCUUUGUCUGCGUUUACCUGCCCGAAGUUCCGGUGCGAUAUGUGAAGAGUCUGAGGCAGCAGACCUAAGUACCUUCAGUUCUACUUGACCAAUAAUUAUCCAAGUCCGUAGUACAUAAAUUAAUCAAGUCAUAGCUGAAAUUAAAUUGAUGUACAACCGAUCGAUUUGUAAUAAAAAUCUACUCAAAUAUA